AUGAACGAAGAUUCGCUUAUUAUUGCUAUGGGGGUUUGUGAGGGAGAUGGAAUCGAGGAAUAUGAGCAGAUGCUGCACGGGCUGGCGAAGCGCUAUCAGGACUCUGCUGCUCAUCUUGGGGUAGCUCUUGAUGAUGUACUCCCUCUCUACGUCUAUGUGGACAAAGAUUGCUGUAACGGAUAUCUACCAUCGAGCAAAGACGGUUCACCUCGUCAUCAUGUGGUCACUGAUCCGCUCGGUCCCAAUACUCCACCUACUCGCACAGAACAAGCAUGGCAGAAGAUCAGCCCUAAUAUUAAGCUCCGUCUGGAUGCUUUUCAUUUUAUGCGGAGGUUCGAGUUGGGCAUCACCCAUGUCCAGCAUGUGCUGUACCCGAAGUUCGCAUCGGACCUCCGAUACGCUAUGUUCUGCAGACAUGAGGGUGAUUGGCGACGUUUAGUUGAUGCAGCUUCACGCCACUUCAAAAAACAAGGCCUCUCCCGUCAGCAGGCUAUCCAGCGAGUAACCAAGGAGGAUGUACAGAAGUACUGUCGACGGCGUAUUCCUCUCGGGGAUGAGCUUUUUCGACGAGUCCGAGAAGUUAUCGAACGAUACGACAAUAAGGAGAUCGAUG